AUGUCUUGCAAAUACUACAGUGACAUACAUCUUCAAAAAAUCCCCACUUCCAUCGAAGAAGCCCUCGAAUGCUACCGGGUUUUCCCAACGCUUUCUCGUGAAAAAUGCGUGCCAAAGCGGAUCUACCUCUUCCCGCUGCAGAAGCUUCUCCGUCGGGAUGUGCAGAUGGUUCGAGAUAUUAGCAUGCGAAUCGUCAACGAAGUGGAGAAACUUCUGGAAGGUCUGUACGGAAGGAACAUCAAAGCCAAAGAUCUGGCCGUUUCCGGUCUGUGCGAACAAUUCCCGGGACUUAAAGCUCAGUUGCGGGACUUCCAAUCGCUCUUGGAUGAUUUCACGUUGGUUUUUCAAGAGCAGGUGAAGCCGUUGAUGAUAUCUGUCCGUGCGUUCGAGAUGGAAGAUCAAGUUCUCUUUCGUCUGUUGGAAGAAAAAAGAGCGUCCCCCUUCGGCCUGCAGAAGCUCUCCGAUUGGUUGGAAAACAAGGAGAGGGAAAUGAAUUACCUGACGAAAAAUCUGAAGAAUUUACAGCUUCCCGAUGUAGAAAUGGCCCUUUCUCCUGAUGAACUUGACUCGUUUCUCCUCGACUUGAAGGCCGAAAACGUUCUAUGUUUCAGAUUCAAGGUCAUGCCAAGAACAGACGCAUAUCUGAGCCUUAUGUCUCGAUACCUAAAAGAAAAGGAUACGGAGACCUCUCGGGAUGAAAGUCCCAGUUCCUGGUACGAAAACAGACAAGAACUGCAAGAGGGUCUGGAGUAUUUCCGGGGGAUGCACGAGGCUCAGAGGGAACGCGGCUUCCGAUUCGUCGUGACUCAGGAGGUUCCCGCGACGGCCAGCGAAUCCCUUUACGAGAUCGUCUACUACAACAAGAGAGUUGCAAUGCCUUACCCUCCCCCUUUGAUACCGGGAACUCCGAGAGCUGUGGCGGUGACAGAAAAUUCCAUCGAAGUGAAGUGGGAUCCACCGGCGUGUGCAGCAAAUUCUGUCAAAGGAUACUUGGUCUCGUACAAGUCUGACAUCGACGAAGAGUGGAACACGCACGUGGUCGACGGGAACAUCGCGGGGGCCACCCUGGGUGGCCUAUUACCCAACACGGAAUAUUUUUUCAAGAGAGUAUCAGGAAGGAUGCAGUAUCAUGGCAUCUACGGAGAUGCGAAUAGCAACACUGAGGCUUUCUCAUUUUGCGCAACAGGUGCAGAGCAGUUGGACAUCGGGAUAUACCGAAGAGAGCAAGUGGAGCGAUGCAAUCAAGACGGAUAUGCCCACAGCAUGGUGGCCUGGGUCACAGAGCAGACGAGAUGGAAUGGGAUAGGUGUCAUCAAUCUCGACUCUCACAUUUACUCCAUCCGGGCCACAAAUAGGCGCAUCAAGAACACCAGGGACGGGGAGGAAGUGGACCUGACAGGUGGGAUAUGGGGAGGGAUGAGGAAUCGGGUCUUCUUCUUCAGAGACAGGAAGACAUUUGUGGUGGAAGUAGGAAGAGAUCCCUCCUGGAUUCCCCCUUCUGAUCAGAUCAUUCAGUCACUUCCUUCCCUAUCCCCUUUCCAUGUUUCCUAUUCCACAUGCCUAAUCCCCUGUCCAGUGCCUGAGAAUCGAUUCUAUUUCUUCGGGGCACAUUCGAAAGUGAAGUCUGGCGCGGGAGUGUUCAUUCCCUCAGAAGGAGAAGGGACCUGGCUUCUUCUUCCAGGUCUCCCAAGUCAUAUCGAAAUGGUAGCAGGGACAUCACUCCACAACGGAUGCAUCUUCAUCGUCGGCGGAUUGGAUUAUAGGAAAAUGAAUAAAUCAAAAUUGGCGUUUUUGUACGACCCCCGAGAGGGCAGAAAAUACGUUCGCCUCCCGGAUGUCCCAGAACCGAUUGUGGGGGCAGCGGCGAUGGAGAUGAAGGAGACAGGCAUCAUCCUCGCUGGCGGAUUAACUGAUACUGCUGAAGGCUCAGAAGUUUCCUCGCAGGUGAGGAUCUUUGAACUAAGGGCACGGAAAUGGGAGAUAUUCCCCUCCUUACGGUCACCGAGGGCUUUCCUCGGCCUGGGAAAAGACCCCAACGACCAACUCAUCGCCAUCGGUGGGUACAUGGAUCACAGGAACCCCGAAACUAUGGAGGUGAUGGGAAAAAGUGAAGAAGACACCUUGGAGUGGAAGGAAUAUCCCCUUCCUCACCCGUUCAAAAGGUGCGGAAGACCUAGUGUCCUCUUGUGA